UUCGGAUCCUGGGGUCUCGGUUCCGGGCUGGGCUGAUCGCGGUGGGGGGUUCCGGGUCCCGGCUGGGCUGGUGUCCGGGGUCGCGCCCCCCGCGCUCCCCAUGGAGUCCCAGUGCGACUACUCGAUGUACUUCCCGGCCGUGCCGCUGCCGCCGCGCGCCGAGCUAGCGGGGGACCCGGGCCGGUACCGGGCGCUGCCGAGGCGCAACCACCUCUACCUGGGCGAGACCGUCCGCUUCCUGCUGGUGCUGCGCUGCCGGGGCGCCGGGGCCGGGGCCGGGGCUGGCGCGGACCUGGGCGCCCGAGGGGCCUGGAGCGAGCUGGCCAGCGCCCUGGCCGCUCUGGCCUCGGUCAGCGCGGGGGGCGGAGUGCCUGGGGCAGGAGGCAGCACCGGCGACCCAGACCCGGAGCCCCCCGGCGGCGGCGAUCCCGGCGGGGGCGCGCUGUUUCGCGGCUGCAGCCCCUUGCUCACCCACGGCCCCGGCCCGGCCACCUCCGGGGGCGCGAGCACGCUGCCGGUGGAGGAGCCGAUUGUGUCCCCAGACGAGGUUAUCUUCCCACUAACCGUUUCCCUGGAUAGGCUGCCCCCAGGGACGCCUAAGGCCAAGAUUGUCGUGACUGUGUGGAAACGGGAGGUCGAGGCACCGGAGGUCAGAGAUCAAGGAUAUCUGCGCCUGCUGCAGACUCGAUCUCCAGGGGAGACCUUUCGGGGCGAGCAGAGUGCUUUCAAAGCCCAAGUGAGUACUCUGCUGACACUGCUGCCACCCCCUGUCCUGAAAUGCCGUCAGUUCACUGUGGCCGGGAAACACUUGACCGUGCUCAAGGUGCUGAACAGCUCCUCGCAGGAGGAGAUCUCCAUCCGCGAUGUCCGCAUCCUUCCCAACUUCAAUGCCAGUUACCUCCCGGUCAUGCCCGAUGGCUCUGUGCUGCUGGUAGACAAUGUCUGUCACCAAUCUGGGGACAUCUCCAUGGGCUCCUUUUGCCGACUUCCUGGAACUUCUGACUGCUUCCCCUGUCCACUGAGUGCCCUGGAGGAACACAACUUUCUGUUUCAACUAAGAGGGGGUGAGCAGCCCCCUCCGGGGGCCAAGGAGGGCCUGGAAGUUCCCCUGAUUGCUGUGGUUCAGUGGUCCACCCCGAAACUGCCCUUCACCCAGAGCAUCUAUACGCACUACCGCCUGCCUGGCAUCCGCCUGGACCGCCCGUGCUUUGUCAUGACGGCUUCCUGCAAGUCCCCGGUCCGCACCUAUGAGCGCUUCACCGUCACCUACACGCUGCUCAACAAUCUCCAGGACUUCCUGGCUGUGAGGCUCGUGUGGACUCCUGAGCACGCACAGUCUGGAAAGCAGCUGUGCGAGGAGGAGCGCCGGGCCAUGCAGGCGGCCCUGGACUCCAUCGUGUGCCACACACCCCUGAGCAACCUGGGCUUCUCACGCAAGGGCAGCGCCCUCACUUUCAGCGUUGCCUUCCAGGCCCUGCGGGCCGGGCUCUUUGAGCUGAGCCAGCACAUGAAAUUGAAGCUGCAGUUCACGGCCAGUGUGUCCCACCCUCCCCCUGAGGCCCGGCCCCUGUCCCGCAAGAGCAGUCCCAGUAGCCCAGCCGUCCGGGACCUGGUGGAAAGGCACCAGGCCAGCCUGGGCCGCUCCCAGUCCUUCUCCCACCAGCAGCCGUCCCGCAGCCACCUGAUGAGGUCGGGCAGUGUCAUGGAGCGCCGAGCCAUCACGCCCCCAGUGGCCUCGCCUGUGGGCCGCCCCCUCUACUUGCCCCCUGACAAGGCUGUGCUUUCUCUGGACAAGAUCGCCAAGCGCGAGUGCAAGGUCCUGGUGGUAGAGCCCGUCAAGUAGAGCCACCAGCUCCUCUCCAGCACUUCGAGAGACAUAAAGUCCCCCACACACAAUCCCUGUUGGGGGGUAUGGGGAGAAGGCCCCCCCUCACCCCCGCCGCCAGGCUGCCUGUCUGUGUCUGCUACUGAGAGCAAGGGACGAAGCUGUGAAUUGUGCGCUGGUGCACCACCCACUAGGCCAUCAGUAUUUUCCCGAUUUUUUGGGGGGGCUGGCCCCACCCCUCAGCCAGGGCCAGGGGCUCCAAGAGCUCCUAUGUCCCUCACCUUUCCCCCAACUCUUAAGUUUACAAAGUACUUUCUUCAUCUUUCCUGCCUCUGACAUUCCCUCUCACAGGGCCGAGAGCAGAGUGGUGAGCCCGGUUAGCGGAUCUCAACAGUGGCUGCCCCAGAUCAGGGGUGGGGUGGAACUGGGGGCCCCCUUCCUGGCCCCUUUGUUUACGGUUUCAGGCUAAAGCACUUUAAGUUGUGGAUUUUGGUGUUUUAUUAUUUUGUUCCUUUCCUUGUCCAUCUGUUCCUGUAACUUAUUCUCCCAACUCUGCUUCUCCCCCAUGGUGGGCCAUUAAAGCCUGUUCAGGAGU